GCUGCGCGGCCCGAUCUGGACCUGUGUUUACUGCGCGGCUAAGCCCCUUCUGGUCGCGGUGACGUUGCCUCUCAGUCCCUCUUGCUCGCUGAGCCUGCACGCAUCCCAUUGCCGCACGCGGCGUCUCGCCCCCAGCUCCCCUGUGCCAAGCCCUGUGCUGGAUGCGGGUACCGGGCCGCAGCCGGCUUAGCCCUGGUCCUGGUUAACUGACAGCUCAGCGCUUAGUGAGAAGAGACACACUAAACUAGGAAGCGGCCAAGGCAGCAGCCUCGAAACGGAGGGUCCCCGUGUCCCAGCCAGGCAUGGCUGACCCGCACCAGCUUUUUGAUGACACAAGUUCAGCCCAGGGCCGGGGCUACGGGGCCCAGCGGCCACCCAGCGGCCUGGGCUACCCUGCGGCCUCCACCGCGCCCCAGGCGGCCUUCCUGGCCGACCCCAUGUCCAACAUGGCCAUGGCCUAUGGGAGCAGCCUGGCUGCGCAGGGCAAGGAGUUGGUGGACAAGAAUAUCGACCGCUUCAUCCCCGUCACCAAGCUCAAGUACUACUUCGCGGUGGACACCAUGUACGUGGGCAGAAAGCUGGGCCUGCUCUUCUUCCCCUACCUGCACCAGGACUGGGAGGUGCAGUACCAGCAGGACACGCCCGUGGCCCCCCGCUUUGACGUCAACGCUCCUGACCUCUACAUUCCAGCUAUGGCUUUCAUCACUUACAUCUUGGUGGCUGGCCUUGCGCUGGGGACCCAGGAUAGGUUCUCCCCUGACCUCUUGGGGCUGCAGGCCAGCUCGGCAUUGGCAUGGCUGACCCUGGAGGUGCUGGCCAUCCUGCUCAGCCUCUACCUGGUCACGGUCAACACCGACCUCACCACUAUCGACCUGGUGGCCUUCUUGGGCUAUAAAUAUGUGGGGAUGAUUGGUGGGGUGCUCAUGGGCCUCCUCUUCGGAAAAAUCGGCUACUACCUGGUGCUGGGCUGGUGCUGCGUGGCCAUCUUUGUGUUCAUGAUCCGGACGCUGCGCCUGAAGAUCCUGGCCGAGGCGGCGGCCGAGGGGGUGCCGGUGCGCGGGGCGCGGAACCAGCUGCGCAUGUACCUGACCAUGGCCGUGGCGGCGGCGCAGCCCCUGCUCAUGUACUGGCUCACCUUCCACCUGGUGCGGUGACGGCGCGGCCCGCGGGGACCCCCGCCCCAGAAACAAUAAACCGUGA